AAAUCUUUGACUUUAGCUUGGUGUGGUGUGUUGUUAUACGGAAGCCGAAUAAACACAAAAAUAUACUUGUUAGUAGAAGUUACGUUGGUGACUUUUAGCAGACCAAUGUUGACAAUUAACCGACGAGUAACAUCGUUUACGAGAGGCAAACAUUUAAGCCCUGUCGAACUCUUCUCUGGGUUUAUCUGGACAACCUAAUGAACGAGCUGAAGUCUUCUAACACUUCUCAAGUGCACUCAGCCCAGGCAGUCAUCAAUGGGAGUGGACAUGGGCAGAAGACUGCACCCAGCCUGGUUGCACUCGACACUGAGUUUACACCAACUGUGGAGAUGAUGGUGGAUGAUUAUGAUGAUGAAAGAACACUUGAUGAAGAAGAAGCAUUAGAAGCAACAGAGGAUCCAGCCACAGAACUAUCCACACUACAAAGAGAGGGUGACAUGCCCCUCGAAGAGCUCUUGGCAAUGUACGGUUAUGGAGAACGCGAUGCAGAGGGUGGCGCAGGGACAGAGGUGGAAUGCAGUGUUGGAGGAGGAAGUAGUGCAGCUAGUAGUAGCAGUUCAGAGGAAGGGGGUGCCUCGUCAUCAGGACUUCGACAGUUAUACACACCCAAUCUGCAGCCACAAUGUGGUGGAGGUGGUGGUGCUGUGGGAAUAGGGAGUGGUGGGUCUGGUGCUGCCGGUGGCCCUGCACCAGAUGAUGACUGUGAUUAUAACCCUCAAGAAGAUGAGGACUGGCGAAAGACAAUCAUGGUUGGUUCUGACUACCAGGCAGGUAUUCCUGAGGGCUUGUGCAAGUAUGAUGACGCCUUGCCAUAUGAAAAUGAAGAUAAACUACUCUGGGAGCCAAAUGCACUGAAGGAAUCAGAGGUGGAAGAUUUCCUGGUACGUGCCCAAGAGCCUUCCCUGGGUGCAGGAGUGAGUGCUAUCCCAACAGGAGCACAUACCCGUGAUGAUGAACAAGCCCUGUAUCUACUGCUGCAAUGUGGUUAUAAUGUAGAGGAGGCCUUGCGAAGACGGCGUAUGAAUGCUCUCCCACCUGCUGAUACAAUGAGCUUGUGGUCAGAAGAAGAAUGCCGUAAUUUUGAAAAUGGGCUGCGCACAUAUGGGAAGGAUUUUCAUCUCAUUCAGCAAAAUAAGGUUCGAACGAGAUCAGUGGGUGAACUUGUGCAGUUCUACUACCUUUGGAAGAAAACUGAGCGCCAUGACAUAUUUGCCAACAAGGCUCGGUUGGAGAAGAAGAAAUACACACUACAUCCUGGCAUCACUGACUACAUGGAUCGCUUUUUGGAAGAGCAGGAGGGACACCGUGACCGUAGCUCAUCACCAAACAUUAAUUGUUUAAUUUACGGUGAUCCCAAACGUCGUGGUAGUGGGGGCACUGGUGCUAGUAGCACUACAGAUGGCCAGACGGACAGUGCAGGACAGGACAGUACUGGCCAAACUUCUGUCACAGCUGGAAUUGCAGUGGAAAGCAGUGGUCUUGCUGGAGAGACUGGUGCGCGACAGGACACGACAGUAGCAUAAAAAAGAAAAGGAUCUUGUAAUUAUAUUUCACAAUCAGAGACUAACGAAACUGUAUCAUCAUUGCACUGUUGUCCCGCCAGUGCACUUUGGUUCCUCAGUUCACAGGAAACUGUAUUUAACUUAUGAAGUUUUACAUCUUCAAGGUAUUUCACGUUUCACCAGCAUUUGCGUGACGUUUCUUUGAACUUGAAAAACUUAUGACAGUGGACUAUUACUUUGUGUUGUAGUCUUUUUAAUGGACCUGUCACUGGCACAGGCCAGCAUCUGAGAACUUUCUCAGUCCUUUCAGCUUUAAUUGCUUAAUUUCCUCCUCCACAUUAUUGAGACAAUGAAAUUGGUUCAAUAGGAUUGACAUGGGUGAUAAAUUAGUCAACUAAAGCAUUAUAUAUCAUUGGCUUGCAUAUAAAAAGCAAUGAUCUUGAGUGCUUUACCAAUUCCCAGGUUCUGUAGUUUCGUAUUUUGUUAUUGUUCCUGAAAUGUGUGAAAUUCUGAAAAUAUAUAUAUUUUGCUUUUUAUAUGUUGUGAACUUGUGCUAACAUGUAAUUUGAAAUUCUUAGGUUUCUUAAAAAUAAAUAUGUAAACACAUCUUGUACUCUGUGUGUGUGUGUGUGUGUGUGUGUGUGUGAGAGAGAGAGAGAGAG